UGAAUUUUGAAUUUAUUUAUUUUUCUUCACUUUCUAUUUUUAGUUUUAGUGAAAUAACAAUAACGCGUUAAUAAUAUACUUAUCUUUGUUUUCAAUGUGUAUGUAUCGUACUGAAGUUGAACAAGAACAUUUAGGCAUAUAAGAUGUCAUUGGAAACUGCAAAACCUAUUAGUAAACUGCAGAUUUAUGCUGUACAGAUUUUAUUUGCAGUCUCUAUUUCUGUAGGAUAUCAAGGUGUUAGCUUCGAUGGCGUCGACGAUGCACAGAAGUGGCUGCUGAUUAUUGCGCGCUACACGGUGUACCUAUAUUUAAUACGGGGCACCGGAGUUUUGGUCGCAUUGUCGCACAACGCGUUCCGCUUUAAGCAGCCCUUAAACUUCCACAAGCUGUACAGACAGCACCAGAAGGACUGGCUUAUAUUCGCCGGGGCACUCGCCACGCUGGUAUUCUGUAAACAGAAGGUGUUUGGACCGGACUUCGUGUUCUUAUUUGCGGCCAAACUCGUCACUGAUUAUACUGAGAUGGAGAAACAAUCGAAGACCGUGACGUACGGCACGGGCAUGGCGUGCAGCUUCUUCGAGGGCUACCUGACGCACGUCAUUCCCAGCGAUGGGCACCGCUUCGUGGGCUUCGCGGAGAACAUCCGCGUGUUCGAGCAGAACGAGGGCGUGGUCUUCCCCGUCAAGAGGCUGUUCAUCGUGGUCACAAAGAGCCUGUACUGCCCGCCUGAUCUCAAGCUCUUCAACAAGGACAGGCCUGGCCUGUCCUACAUUGAGGCUUGCAAGGUUAGUGAUCGCCCUUUAAAUGAUUGGUGCGCCGACGCUGCUUAG